AUGGCGUCCAACGGGAUUUCAAAAAAUCCACCAACACUUCCGCCAUCCGUUGAAGAAUCAUACAAACGGAAAUGCAUUCAACUGAAGACCCGGAUGAAUGAUGUCGAGGAAGCAAAUGACGCUGCUCGCCUCAGAUUAUCUAGAAUGCAGCGAGCGAUAAGCAAGAUGCGACUCGAGCGGGCAUUCUUGUUAGAACAAAUGGCGAAGCGCACAAGUACAAACGUGGAAGAUUCAGAAGGUUCCCCAAGCCCACCCCCAACUCCUCAAGAAAAGCCAUUGCGCACAAAACGUGGUCAUCGCAAGCCCUCCUUUCUAAAUACUCUCGGCGAUCCCUCCGUUCCUCUACCUAACAGCCUAAAUGCCGGCCUCGCCAUCUCACCUACCUCCUCCGCAUUCUCACAUACACAUGCCGAUAUGCCAAACCCCAGCCAAGCGACCUUUACCAGCUUCAAUACCUCCCUCGUCCAUCCACAGCCCAUAUCUCCUCGCCGCGCACUUUCCAACUCCACUCAUAUGGGCGGUCGAACACCACACUCGGCCUCCAAUUCCCCAUCCAUUCCUCCUUCCGGCGCACCCAAAACACCCAAAUCAGGCUUCGACAUUUACUGUCAUGAAUUACGUGGACCCAUGUUGGUACAACGUAGACACGAUAUCAAACAUGGACUCGUUGACGUCGACUGGCUUUUAGCACGCGGAUGGAGAGAGACGAAUGAUGAAACCCGAGAACGCUACGAAUCCUCAUUCAAAGCGAUGCAGAAUGCAAAGAAGGUCCGAAAUGGUACCCCUUUGGACGAUGACGUAGACAUGGGAGAUAGUGGCCGAGAAGAGGCUCCAAAUGGUAACGGAACAGCGUCAACCAAUGGAGCCGGUGGCUUUACGGCUGUAAACAGAGACUAA